AUGCGCACAGUCCCGGGAUCUAUCAAUAUCCCAGUCGCCAAGUUUCCUUCGCCGUCAAAGUCGGUGUCCAUCUCCAACAAUCCUCAAGAGGUUGCCGCCAAAGUCGUGGAAAAAUUCAACAACGCACUCCUCGGAAAUGAUUACCCGACACUCUCAACCUUGUUCCAGGAAGAUGGCUACUGGAGAGACCAUCUUGCUCUAUCUUGGAAAUUCCGUACAGUCCAGGGGCCACACUCUAUUCUCAACUUCUUGACCAACUGCGCCGGCUCCAAGGACGGUGUCAGACUGAAAGAGAUCACCAUCGACAACAGCCUGGAGGUUAGAUCGCCUAAAGUUCUGCCCAUUGAUAGUUCUGGCCAUGUCCUUGGUGUUCAAUUCUUUUUAACCCUCAAGACCGCCUACGGCACCGGCCAAGGCCUCUGUCGUCUGGUCGAGGAUCAUGGCCGGUGGAAAAUCUUUACGCUCUACACUCGCAUUCAAGAGCUCAAGGGCUACGAAGAGCUUAUCAAUCACCGACGACCCAAGGGCGCAGAGCAUGGUGGACAGCCAGGCAGAAAGAGCUGGGCUGAGCGCAGGGCUGUGGCCUCUAAUUUUGAGGGAGAAAGUGAGCCCACGGUUCUUAUUAUUGGUGCUGGUCAAGCUGGUUUAACAGCCGCCGCGGGGCUCAAGAUGCUGGGAAUUGAAAGCCUGCUGAUAGACCAGAAUGACAGGGUCGGUGAUAACUGGAGGAAACGAUACCGUCAGCUCGUCCUUCAUGACCCAGUCUGGUACGAUCACAUGCCCUACCUGCCUUUUCCUCCCAACUGGCCUGUUUUCACCCCGAAGGAUAAGCUUGCCCAGUUCUUCGAGGCAUACGCCACUCUACUCGAGCUCAAUGUUUGGACCAAAACAGCCAUCACAGACAUCAAGUGGCAUGAAUCGACACAGUCUUGGACUGUUACUAUUGUCCGCAGGAAGGAUGAUGGUACGGCUGAGACUAGAAGUGUCCAUCCGCGGCAUAUCAUCCAAGCGACUGGUCACUCCGGAAAGAAGAAUAUGCCUGAGAUGAAGGGUAUUUCGAGCUUCAAGGGCGAGCGACUCUGCCACUCAUCUGAAUUUGCCGGCGCUCGUGAGAAUAGCCAGGGCAAGAAGGCUGUUAUUGUUGGAUCUUGCAACUCAGGUCACGAUAUUGCCCAGGACUUCUUGGAGAAAGGCUAUGACGUAACUAUCGUCCAACGCUCAAGCACGCAUGUUGUCUCUUCAGAGGCCCUGACAGAUAUUGCUCUUAAGCCUGUUUACUCUGAAGGUGGGCCUGCCGUGGACGAUGCCGAUAUACUCCUCCAUGGUUUGCCAACGCCAGUGCUUAAGGCUAUCCAAAUUCAGGUCGCUAAACGCUGUGCCGAACUCGAUAAAGGAAUACUUCAAGGCCUCGAAAAGGCCGGUUUCAAGACUGAUAUGGGACCUGACGGAGCUGGAGUUUUCUUUAAAUACUUCCAAAGAGGUGGCGGUUAUUACAUUGAUGUCGGUGGUUCUAAGCUUAUCGCUGACGGGAAAAUCAAGGUCAAACAUGGCCAAGAGAUCACAGAAGUCCUCCCUCAUGGCCUUCGCUUCGCUGAUGGUACUGAGCUCGAGGCUGAUGAGAUCGUCUACGCUACUGGCUACCAGAACAUGCGUACACAGACACGAGUUAUUUUUGGGGAUGAGAUUGCAGAUACGGUCAAGGAUGUCUGGGGCUUUAAUGAGGAGGGCGAGAUGCGGACUAUGUGGCAGGACAGCGGGCAUCCUGGGCUCUGGUUCCACGGUGGUAAUCUGGCAAUCUGCCGGUACUAUUCUAAAUUGUUGGCGCUGCAGAUCAAGGGUCUCGAGGAGGGAUUGUACGCUUAUGGUGACGUGUGA